UGCGAAGUGGGCGGCUCCAUCCUGCCUGCGGCAUACAUUUUGCUAACGCGGAAAGACUGUGGGACGUACACGCGAGCCCUGAACACCCUUAACGCCGAGUGUGGGGGAGAUUGCGAGCCAAGGACCGUCACAGUGGAUUACGAACUGGCGGCUAUCAACGCUUUCAGGGCGGUCUUCCCAAGCGCCGACGUGCGCGGGUGUUUUUUUCACCUGUCGCAAUGUGUCUACCGCAGACUUCAGUCGGAAGGACUACAGGAGCUGUAUGCUUUUGACCCCGACAUAAACCUGGAAGCUCGCAUGAUCCCAGCUCUUGCAAUUGUGCCCCAGGACGACGUGGAGGGGGCAUUCACCGAGCUUGCGUCCAGCAUCCGCGCAGAACUUCUCCCGGUGGUCGACUACUUCGAGGAUGUGUUUAUUGGGCGGCUAACGGCACGGGGCAGAAGAGAUGCGCAGUUUCCAAUUAAGCUAUGGAACCACCACGACACCGUUCUCCAGGGCGGCUCCAAGACCACGAACUCAGUGGAAGCCUGGCACCGGAGCUUCCAAGCUCAUGUUCAGUGCGCGCACCCAACUCUCUGGAGAUUCUUGGAGGUGCUACAACGAGAAGACGCCCUGCAACUUCACCGGCUUGGAAGACUCGAGAUGGGCCAGCGCUUCAAGCAGGCCUCGAAAUACGCGAAGGCUGCAGAACGGUUAAAGACACUUGCUAGAGAAUACGACGCUAGUGAUGUGCGACGCUUCCUAAGGGGAGUUGCCCGCAACGUGUCGUUCUAGGUCCCGGGCCAUGUGCCUUUUGUAAAUAAAAGUGGUCCACAUUACAUUUUGUGUACUAUUUUGCUUCUGAAUGCAUUUGGCUUCGGACUUUUGCUUGAUAAUGAAACCCACGACUAACCUAUGAUGUGUAUCUUUACCUGUUUCUAUAGUAUU